AUGAACGAUCCCGUCAUGCCUAGCCGUGCUCAGGGCGCUGCCCUCUUAUCGAGCGCCUCGGCUGCUGGCCCUUGGCGCUCGGCGACGGAUCACGACGUGCACGCCGACAACCGCGACGAAAACAUCUUUGGCUGGAUUCAACCAGAUGAGUGGGACACCGUCGCUGGACUCAACAAGUCCAACUUCAUGCGUGGAGACUGCGUCGAGUGCACCACCGUCCCAGACAGCGCCAACAACCCCUCUCUGCCCCAAAGCUGCGGUGGACCCAGCUGUGGCUACGGCGCCCAGUGCUGCGAAUACAGUCGACGAGCCACCCACACCCACGGCCCAUCCGACCGCACUCCUGCCCUGCUGCUCCAGCGUCCCCGCGCCACCUCCACCACCAACAAGAUCGCCGACCUCGCCAAGAUCGAAUCCAAGAGCAGCCUGGGCGUCAGCCUUGUCGACAUCAUCCACGGCCGCAGUUGCCGGCCAAUCAGCCUGCUCGAUCUGCGCACCUUCCUUCACUUCCAGCGUCAGCCACAAAAGCGCCUUCCCUCGUACUACCCUGCCUCCGACAUGCAGUCCUCGGCACUCGACGACUUUGAUCUCAAUCUCGACCAGCCCUCCUCUUCACCGACCCACUCGUUCAAGCACAAGCUCAAUGCGCGCCGAUUUCACUUUGACGAAGUGGACGCACUUGACUUCCUCGUCGCCUACGAGCGCUACGUGACCAAGUUCCGCGACCAGCCACGCGCCAACCGCCUCAACAGUCCCAACCCCGCCACGUGCAAAGCGGCCGUGCGCGCUUAUGUGCGUCGUCAGUGCAAGCCUCGCGUCUCGUCCGAUCUCACCGUCGCCCAGAUGCUCGCGCAAGAAGCACUUACCCCCGACGACGAUGUCGACGACAUCUCCGAACAAGCCUCGCGCGAGGUGCUUGCGCGAUUGCGGCCGACGGAUCUCGGUCUGACGCCCGAGCAACAGCCGUUGCGCGUCGAGUUUGAUCGUCUCGUGCAUCGCUAUCUCUGCUCGCGCCGCGUGUGCAUCCUACCCAGCAAUCGCAGGUUCCGACGCAAGCGCGACUCGUCUUCGUCCUCCGACACGGCCGCGGGCGGCUCCGAAUCUCCUUACAAGCAACUCGGCUCGUCGAGCGCCGAAAAGAUGCCGCGGCUGCGCUGGAUGGUCGAUGUCGGCCUCGUUUCAGAGACUGACCUGCAGCUCUGCUUGGCCGAAUGCGAUUUUUCCACGCACCCGGACGUGCUCGCACCCAUCGCAGAGGCCGUGUACGCCUACAUGUCGCAGCACGUCGUCCCCUUCUUCUUCAUCUCGGUGGCGCGCAACCUCAGCCCUAACACCAAGCGCGGCCGUCUGUUGGUGGGCGUAGCAUGCACUGCCAUCGCGCUCAUCUUCUCGAUCCUGCUCAUCAUCUCGCCAUCGCCCCUUGCACCGCACGCCAAUCACGGCACGGGCAACAUUCCGCGAUGGUGGCGUUUGCUCACCGCUCCCGUCUGGUGCGCCGGCUUGGGCUACAUCCUGGCCUACUUUACGGGUCUCUGCGUGUGGCUCACGCUUCGCGGCAAUCGCGAACCCGACGAGGAGGAGGAGCGCGAACGCGAGGAGAUCCGAUCGCGCAUCUCGGGCGAAGACGUGGUGGGCUUUGACCUCGCCGAGCUCCAGGCCACCGCCGACGAGAGGGACAUGGAGGUCGAGCAGGACACGAACCGAUGGAUGGCGCCCGAGAUCGCCGACAUCCUCACCGGCAUCACGGGGCAGAAGAAGGAUAAGCGCAAACACCAGCGUUCGAGCUCGGACGCGCUUCGUCUGGAUGCACUUGAAGAAGGUCACCUUCGCGUCAAGUCCGAGACCACCGAUGCCGUCGCGUCGAGCAAAGUUUCGUUCGAGUACUCGCUGGCAGCCGAGAAGCCGUCGAAUCCCUCUGGAGCCCCGAUGACAUUCUUCACGGACAAGGCUUCGGCGUUGGCGGCCCCGGCCGCGGUCAUCAUGAACACGCCUCGACGUCCGUCCAUGAUGCCGGUGAUGUCCGAGACGAACUUGGUGGGUCGCCCUUCUACCACGCUGUCGGCCCUUGACGUGAGCACUUCCAACUCGGUACGUCCGAGCCUGGAACGCUCCGGACACUCGCUGGGCGACGUGCACCCGGCCGACGCCCGCGGUGCUGCGAACGGCGACAGCCCUUCGGGACCUACGCUAAUGCGACAGAAGCGUGUGCCUCUGCUCAAUCUUUCGAUUGGCUUUGUCAAGUCUCCCGGCCAUGAACGCGGUGAGGAUCAGGCCGAUGCACCGGUGCUGACGCGCGACGCGCUGCUCUUCGAUCCCGAGCUCGCCGCGCGCGUGGCGACGCCGACUGUGGCCGGCGGUCCCAUGGGAGGCUCGCCCGUGCGUGGAGCCAAGUCGAUCGGCGCGGCUGGUGGUUCGCCGCACGGCUCGCCGCCCACGCGUCGCAAGUCGCUCGCGCACGCCCUUCUGCCGCUGCGAUCCGGCGCCCGCCUGCAGGCGCAGAUGGAAGACGCGCAGCUUGGCUCGCCGACGUACGAGACGCACAGCGAAAAGAGCGCCGAGCAUGCCGAGAUGGCCAUUCCUGCUGUGCCGGAGCCGACCGUACUGGCCUCGACGCCCGUGAUUGGCGCGUCUGCGACGAGUCCGCGCGACAUUGCUCCGUGGGCGAUCGCACCUGGCAAGAGCCUGGAUCUGCCUUCGUCGGCUCGGCCGGUGUUGUUCGCACUCCCCUCGAGCCGCAAGUCGCGGCUGUCGGCGACCACGAGCACCACGGUGGUGGCGAGCCCGCUGGCGCCUGUGUCUGCGGGCGCCAAGCGCACGUACGAGGAGUCGCCGUCGCUCUCGCUGCGGGAGCGCCUGUGGAUUGCCGUGCAGCGCGGCACGGGUUUCGCGGUGGGAACCGAGCGUGUGCUCGACGCGCGCGUGCGUAGGGCGCAGCAGAUGAAGGCGCUGCGUAUUAUGGCGCUCAACACGCUUGCCACCGUCGUCGUCAUGCCCGACGAAAUUGCCGGACGGUCGAAAUGCGAUGCCCCGCACUUUGAGGCUCUCCGCUUUUUGAAUCGGCACACCCGCACCAAAGACGGCUCUUCUAUGGCUUCAUCUCACAUCCUCACUUCUUCCAUCUCCUCACCGUCAGCCAUGCUGCAACCACUUCUCCGCACCAGCGCGAUAACCACCGCACGCAGUGCCACGCGCAGCUUGGCCACUGCGGCCUCGAACGGCAACUUUGUCAAGAUCGUCGAGGUGUCGCCGCGCGAUGGACUGCAGAACGAAAAGACGAUCGUGCCCACCGAGACCAAGGUGGAGCUCAUCCGCAGGCUUGCCGAUACGGGCGUACCGGUGAUCGAGGCUGGAUCGUUCGUAUCGCCCAAGUGGGUGCCGCAGAUGGGCGACACGCCGCAGGUUGUCACGCAGAUGCCCGUGCACGCGUCCAUCUCGUAUCCCGUGCUGGUGCCCAACAUGCGUGGCCUCGAGGGUCUUCAGAAGCUGCUUGCCAACUACGCCGACGGUUCCAAGGGAAAGCCGCCUACGGACGAGAUUGCGAUCUUCACUGCGGCGUCCGAAUCGUUCUGCAAGGCCAACACCAACUGCUCGAUCGCAGAGUCGCUAGACCGGCUGCACGAAGUCACGUCCAAGGCCAAGGCCGCGGGGCUCAAAGUGCGAGGCUACGUCAGCGUAGUUGCUGGCUGCCCGUAUGAGGGCAAGGUGGACGCCGAGGCGGUGGGCCGCGUCUCGAAAGCGCUGCACGAGAUGGGCUGCUACGAAGUGUCGCUCGGCGACACCAUCGGUGCAGGCACGCCGUCCGUGAUGGAAGCCGUCCUCAACGCCUCGGUGCGCCAGAGCGGGCAGGGUCCAGAGUACUUUGCCGCGCACUGCCACGAUACGAUGAACACCGGGCUCGCGAAUGUACUCCAUAUGGUCAGGCUUGGCGUGCGUACAGUGGACUCGGCAGUCGGCGGCCUCGGUGGCUGCCCGUACUCGCCCGGCGCGACAGGCAACAUCGACACGGAAAGCGUCGUAUUUGCGCUCCACAACGAGGGUUACGAAACGGGCGCGGAUCUGAACAAGCUCGUCGACGUCGGUGCGUGGAUCAACGACCAGAUUGGCAGGACGAACGCGAGCAGCGCAGGCAGGGCGGUGCUGGCGCAGCGGGAGAUCCGCGCAAAGCGCGCUGCGAAACAGGCUCAGGCGAAGCUGUAG